AUGGGGACAGAGCUGCGAAUUGCAUUUGGGCUGAUCUACACCAAAUGGAAAUGCGUGAUCAGCUGUCCUGGACAUGUCAAAGAUGGGUGGAAGCAAUACAUAGUUGAUGCUCCCAGUUACAAGAGAUUCAACAAUUUCAGGGGGCAGUGGACCCUGAGCAGGCACAAGUUACAUGGCCAGCAGCUGUGGUGGAGUCUGCAGCAGGUGCCAUUCGACUGGAGCGUCCUCAUCUGGCACCUAGCUACUGAGCUCUGCCUUCACCACCCAAGAACAUCAGCUGCAGUUGAAUCAUUACCAGCCGCUCAAUGCAGUAAGCUAAUAUCCAACUACAUGAUCUACCUGCUCUUCAUUCGUCCAGAGAUGCUUAUGCCCGGCACCAGGCAGGGUCUUUUCGUAGCAGCCUGCUACGAUAUCGGGCUCAUGCUCAAGCGUGGAAAUGAGCCUCCACCAGAAGAUGCAAGAACGGUUGCGCAGCAGAUUCUUCGCACAUCACAAUCACCGUUGAUAGGGGAUAUUGGGAUCAUGGUUCCAGGAGCCUGCAAGGUCGCCGAAGAAUUGAUGGAGCUGCUGGAGCACAAGAGGUGGAAGGUGAUCCAAGGCGUGUGGGUGGAGAUGCUCUGCUGCUCCGCCAGUAGCUGCAGGGGCUACCUGCACGCCAAGAGCAUGAGCGAAGGUGUGGAGUUCCUCACCUCUGUGUGGCUUCUCUUGUCGCGCAUGGGGAUGGAGACCUUCGCCGACAAGUUCCAGAGGCCCGAGCCUGGCCAAGGCCAAGGAGAAGAAAUCGCUGCAGGCGCGUCAGCUUCCGAUCCCCAAGACAUCGUCUAAGGAGAAAAAUUGUUCCCCUUAUGUGUGUCAGGCGGUUACUUUUCUCUUUGGAAUACUCAUCACUUCUUGAUCGUCUGUUUAGGUCGGCGCGCUUCGCUCCUUCUGUAUUGUUUGCUGCUGCUUUUCUUGUGCAGAUUAAUUUGUAAGCUGGUCAGUACUGGUCCCAAUUUCCAUGUCAGUCGAAGUCUUCUCUCUGGUUGAUCCGAUCCGAUUAAACAUGCAUGUUGAGCAGAAAAAGGCCGGCCGCGGACGGGAUCGUUGAGCAGAUAACGCCAGCAUCCCAUACGUGCAUGUUGACUUGUUGACUAGCAUAAAUUCGCCUCCAAGUCAAGUCCAGAGGCCAUGCAGU